AUGAGAAUAAAAAUUACAAAAGCAAUUGCUUCUCAUCGAUUACACUUCCAAUUCUUGACUGAUCAAUAUACACGAAACCUUUCUGUAAACAAUGCAGAAGCAUAUGCGAAUAAACUGUAUUCUCAUACACUUCACGAGAAAGUAGGGGAAUCUACGUCAAAGAAAAUUUAUCAAAUUAAACUUCCCUCUUUAGCAUCUCAUUGUGAAAAAUCAAGUUAUUCUUAUUUCAACGAGAAAUCUGAGCAUUCAGAUAUUGAUUUUAUUAUUGAAAACGAUUCCACUCUUUUCCGUAACACAAGUAAAACGUUGUGUCUGCUUGGUCGUUUUUUGGAUAUGUGUCGUCAUGGUAACAUGGAGUUAGAAAAUUGUGACAUCGUCAAGCUUGAGCUCGUAAUACAAUUAUGA